CUCAGACAGGACAGAGCUGCUGCAAUAAGAAGCUCAGCGUCGGGGGAAACAGUGGACUGAGUGUACGAGAGGCACAAGUAGACAGGUAAUGAGAGAGGAAGCAGGAGGUGGAGCGAGCUGGCAAUACCGCAGGGGAAGGAAAUUUGGAAAGAGUGAAAUGAGAAAUCUGAGGUACAGUAAAUAUUUUGAGAGAAGACGGAAGGAAAUAAAAGGAAGUUCAAAAAAAGGAGAGAGUGGAGAGGGAAAGCGAAGGGCUGAAGUAAGCGAGAGCGACCGGCACGCCUGCCAGUGAAGACGAGGAGAAGAAAAGAGGGACUGAAAGGUGUGGGGUUCCAAACAAAACAACUGCACAUUUCUGAAGCUGAAAGAUUUCUCAAGCAAGACUUUUCCUGUCCAAGCUGUGAGAUGGAGUACAAGGUAACCGUGGCAACGGGAACCUCUGAGUACUCAGGAACGAACAACUACGUGUACGUGACCCUGGUGGGUGAGAAGGGGGAGAGUGAGAGGACGCUAUUGGACAACCCUGGGCUGGAUUUCUGUAGAGGCGCGGUGGAUGAGUACACAGUGUGCAGCGCUGCCCCCCUUGGCCAGCUGCUGCUGGUGCGGCUGGAGAAGCAGCGCUACUGGGUGGAGGACAACUGGUUCUGCCGCUAUGUGACCGUGGAGCCACCAGGGGGCAGCAGUGCUCUGACCUUCCCGUGUUACCGCUGGCUGAUUGGGGACGUUAAAGUGGAGCUGCGGGAGGGAACAGCAAAGAAGUUGUGCGAAGACUCCUUACCCCUACUCCUGGCUCACAGAGCAGCCGAGCUACAGGAAAGACAGAAACUAUAUCGGUGGCAGGCAUGGGCCCCAGGGAUCCCCAAGUGCAUUGAUGCUAAAUCGGAGAAUGACCUGCCUCAAGACGUGCGCUUCGAUAACGAGAAGCGGAGCGACUUCGAGGGGUCGCUGCAUUAUGCGUUGCUGGAGCUGUCCCUGAAGAAGCUAGCCAUAAAAUUUGGAAAGUCCUGGAAUGAUCUGGAUGAUUUCAAGCGCAUAUUCUGGAAACUAAGGAGCCCUAUUGCUGAGUACACCAUGGAGCACUGGAGAGAGGACUGGUUCUUUGGCUACCAGUUCCUGAAUGGCUCAAACCCCCGUAUGAUCCAACGCUGCUCAAAGCUGCCGGCAAACUUCCCCGUUUCUGGAGACAUGGUGCAGAGCUCCCUGGGACCGCACACCUCGCUGGAGAAAGAGAUGAAGGCAGGGAAUGUGUACCUGGUGGACCAUGCCAUUAUGGAUGGAGUUCCUGCCAACACGAUCCGGAACCGGCAGCAGCACCUGGCUGCACCCCUCUGUCUGCUUUAUGAGCACCCCGAAGAUGGCCUCAUCCCCCUGGCCAUACAGCUGAGACAGACUCCAGGGCUGGACUCACCCAUAUUCCUGCCCAGUGACCCACCCCUGGCCUGGUUGCUGGCCAAAAUAUGGGUUCGUCAUGCCGAGUUCCAGGUGUUCCAGGUGCUGUCCCACCUGCUGCGCACUCACCUGGUGGUGGAGGUGUUCUGCGUGGCCACACUCCGCCAGCUACCUGCUGUACACCCCAUCUACAAGCUGCUGGCGCCCCACCUGCGCUACACUCUGGAGAUAAACUCUCGCGGACGCACCCAGCUCAUAUCCCCGGACGGCAUCUUCAAAAGGGUGGUGUCUACAGGCGGCGACGGACUCCUGGUUCUGGCCCAGCGUGAGUACAAGGUUCUGACGUACAGGUCCCUGCAGCCCAACCUGGAUUUCCAUGACCGUGGGGUGACCAAGUUGAAAGGCUACUUCUACAGGGAUGACAGCAUGAUGCUGUGGGACGCCAUCCACAGUUUUGUUACAGGGAUGGUGUCUCUGUAUUACACCACUGACAGAGAUGUGGCCAAGGAUUCUGAGCUGCAGGCCUGGAUACAGGACGUCACCCACGAGGGAUUUGUGGAUGUUCCCAAAUUUGGUCUGUCCAGUGAGCUGAGGACCAAGAAGGAGCUAAUCACCCUUCUGAGUGUGGUGAUCUUCACCUGCACUGCACAGCACGCUGCCACUAAUAAUGGCCAGUUUGACUGGUGUGCUUGGGUCCCCAACACCCCAUGCACAAUGCGCCUCCCUCCACCGACUGACAAGGAUGCCGUCACCAUGGAGAUGAUCAUGGCCACUCUCCCUGACAUCAGCCAAUCCUGUGUGGAGAUGGCGAUCACAUGGCACUUGGGCAGAGCCCAGCCUGAUGCGAUCCCCAUGGCUCAGUAUGUGGAAGAUUACUUCACUGAACCUCAGGCCCAGAUGUUGAUUGAAAGCUUCCAGCAGGAGCUGAAGGAUGUGGAGGAGAGGAUCAUCAGAAAGAAUGAAGGCCUGGAGCUACAGUACCUGUACCUUUGCCCCAGCCGUAUUGAAAACAGCAUCACCAUAUAGUCUGCCUUGGCAUUGCUGUACAGAUUGUCUCAGUGUGACUAUAGAGACUGUUAGAGUCACUGCAGCUACUGUCCAAGAAUCACCAUAGAAACUAUCAUGGGAUCACCAUGGAGACUGUCCCAGCAUCAUCAGAUAUGCUGUAAGAGCAUCCAGAGAAUGUUGCCAAAAGCUGUUUGAGCAUCACAAUAGAGACUGUGUCAGUGUCAUCAUGGAGACCGUGCCAACAUCACCAUAUAGAUGGUCUCACCAUCACCACAGAGGCAGUUCAAGCAUCACCAUAUAUGCCGUCACCAUAGAGACUGCCUCAGCAUCACCAUACAGACUCAGUCUCAGCAUUACUGUAUACUUCAGGGGUUCUGUAAGUAUACACUAAGUCAGGGCUGGGACCCAGAACUGGGCUAUGACAGCAGGACAUUGAUAAUGUAGAAUUAGUGGUGUGGAAAUGGUAAGUAGUUACUAUGAUAUAUUUAUAGCUUUUCUUAAAUCACCUCCCAAUCAUCCUUGUCCUAAAAGGCUUACUACAUGGAAAGUUACUUACUUUGUGUCAUCUAAAGUAAACCUAAGACAGUUAA